AUGAAUUACAAUACUACUGAAUAUGAUGAAAAAAUAUGUGGCAUGGAAAGUUCUAUAGAAACUUUAAAAUCAGAAAUUCAGAAAAAUCAAGAAGAUUUCACUUUUUAUAGAGAUUAUGACGCUAAAAAUCUAGAUAAACGUUUAUAAUGUUCAGCAUGAAUACUUUCAUAAGUACAUUCAUAUAAUAAAAUAUGGUUCCCGUAUUUUCCAUAUUUUUUAAGCACCAUUUUUUGUUUAUCUCCUAAAUAUGUCCUUAAAUAAACUCAAUCCUCAUACAAGCCAUUUCUGAAGAUUACAAAUCUAAGCAUUCCAAUAUUGAAACGACUCUUAACAGUUUCACACAAUUUCAAAUAGAGGCUGAGAUGAAAUUAGAAAAAAUUGAGGAUGAGAUGGAAUCCGAAAAAAUUGAGGCUGAGAUGAAAUUCAAAAAAAUUGAAGAUGAGAUGAAAUUUGAAAAAAUUGAGGCUGAGAUGAAAUUCGAAAAAAUAGAAAAAUUGAAGGAUAAAAUAAAAGAAUUAAGUAUUAAAAUUUCUCAGACCUCAGAUAAUCCAAAAGAAGAUGAUGCGAAAAAAGAUUCUAUAAACACCCGCUAUUUAUAUGAAGAAGGAGAAAAAGAUUCAAUUAAUCACAAACAGAGUUUUCUAGACCUUUUUAAGGAUUGAUUAAAUGAUAACGAUCCAAAAACUUCUCUUUCAUUAGCUGAAGAAGAAAAUAAUAGUGCAAAGCUAGCUAUUUAUGAUGCUGAAAUUCAAAAAGAAAGCAAUAAAUUAUUGGAUGUUUCUGAAGUCCUAGAUGUAGGGACAUGCAUAGCAAUUCCUAAUGAUGGAUUGUUUUGCUUUGGAAACAGUGCUAUUUCUGACGCUUCUCUACUUAUUGAUGGGGAAUUCCGAGUUCAAACGCUGUCACCAGAAGUUCCUUCGAAAUGGUCAUCAGCUGUUUAUAAUGAUCAAAACAUUUAUUGCUUUGGAGGAUCUAAUAAUAUAUAGCCUUUUUGCACAUUUGCUUUGAAAAUGAUGAGAGUUGAAAUAGAGAGUGAGGCCUAUUUCUAAGGCAGAACUCCUUUGAAAGAAGCAAGGAAUAAUGAAUUCAGUAUUUAAAGGAGAAUGCUUGUAAAUUUAAUUUUUAAAGGUAAAUGUGAAAGAUUGUUGGGUUAUGCUAAGAUCGGCUUCAAGGAAACUGAGCAAAAUUUCAUUUUUCUCAAUUUGCAUAAAAAUGGAAUAAUAGAGAAUUAGCAUCUGAAAUAGAAAAAAUUAAUUUCAAAGAUGAUUACCGAUAAGACUAAUGAUUAGCUCUUGAAGUAUCAUUGCUACUGCUAAAGUUUGAGUUAAAAUCUCAGAGCAAAAUUUACUUUCCAUGAUUUUUCUAGCAUAAAGAGCAAGAUAGCAAAUAAUGACUCCAUCUUAUAUUGGAUAAAAAAGUCAAAUUUCUUUCUGGGAUUAGUAUAAAAUAUCUAUUGUAUUAAUAAAAACUCAAGUGCUAACAAAUCCCUUUUAGGUAUGAAAAUUUAUUAAAAUUAUCAAAUCUUCUUUAACUUGAAGAAGAAAUUCAGUUAUAGUAAAAUUUUCAGUUCGGAAUAGACUUGAUGCUCAGAUUCUAUUGUCAGUUCCCAUAUUUAAUCUUUUAGUUUUAAAUUGGCAGGUCAAAAUAUUUAAGUUUAAAUUAUAAUAUAGUAAGCAAGCAUGCCAAUCUUAAACGAGCCACGAGAUAAAGUUAAUAAAGAUCCUAUUUUCUCAUGCAGAAGGGAGCUACGACAAAGGAAGACUGCAUCUGCUUUUAUCUCAAUCAGAUACUCCCUUCUUGAAAUCUCUCUGUGUGCUAUUCCCAUUUUAGCACUUGCCAUAUCUCAAUUUGAUUCCUCUAUAUCCUCAUCGAAGUUUAAGAGAACAAGAAAGCAGUCCUUAAAGCCGAUCUUAGCAUAACCCAACAAUCUUUCACAUUUUCCCUUUAAAAAUUAAAUUUACUAGGAUUCUCCUUUUAAAAUACUGAAUUAAUUGCUCCUUACUUCUUUCAAGCAUUUCUGCCUUAGAAAUAGACCUCACUCUCUAUUUCAGCUCUCAUCUUUUCAAAGCAAAUGUGCAAAAAGGCUAUACAAUACUAA